UCUUUCCCUUAAUGACAGCUGGAAAUCAGCUGUUGCCAAACAGUGUAACCCAACCUAACCUAACCUAAAAUCAAAUACAAAUAUGAGCUUAGGAGAAUUUAGUAAGAAAGUAGUGAAAAAAAAUUGUAGAAGAAAAGGUACGAUAAUACGGAGUAAGGAACGUGAAGUAAUUAAAUCCAUAAUAGAAUUUUGUGAUCAAGAAGCUAGACAAAAAUCUCUACUAUUUCCAUUGCGUCAAGCCACUAAAAGGGCUGCUAAUUAUACCAAGAUAUCCGAAAGAACGGUCAAACGCAUAAGGGAGGAAAAUAAGUUAGGGCUAGAGUUUGCCGAUGACGAUGAUUAUUCAACUAGAAAAUGGAGUAGAGGACCAACAGUAACAAUGAAGUUUGCCAGCAACCUAUCCUUCAUGUUUGGGGAAAGCCCGAAGAUCACAGAAAGAUACCAGCUGGCUAAGCAGGCAGGAUUUAAGGCUGUGGAAACUGGAUUUCCACUUGGAUUUACUGCCCAGGAAGUCGCAGAUGCUCGAAGUAAAGCAGAUGUCAAGCAGGUUCUAAUCAACAUAUUUACUGGUGAUGUAUCAAAAGGAGAAAUGGGCUUUGCUGCUAUACCGGGGAAAGAAGAUGAGUUUAAAAAAAGUGUUGCUCUUACUAUCGAGUAUGCUAAGGCUCUAGACUGUAAAAAGAUCCAUGUAAUGUCUGGUAAAGUGGAAUCGCCUAAUGAAAUCAACGAUUCAACUUAUGAGAGUAACAUGAGAUUUGCCAUCGAGAAGUUUCAGGCAGAGGAUAUUGUUGCUCUUAUUGAACCAAUAAACAGUAUAACAAUGCCCAACUACUACAUGAAUAGUUUUGAAAAAGGUCUGGAAAUAGUAAAGAAAAUAAACAGUCCACAUUUAAGAUUGAUGUUGGAUUUGUUCCAUCUGCAACAUGCACGUGGAAACAUAACUCGUACUAUCAAGGAAUAUCUUCCAUACCUUGGUCAUGUGCAAGUAGCACAAGUGCCAGACAGACACGAGCCGGAUACGGCUGGUGAAUUAAAUUACAGAUAUGUAUUUUCUCUCUUGGAAAAAGAAGGAUACAAAGACUAUAUCGGUUUGGAAUACAGACCAAAAGCUGGAUCUGCGGAAGGAUUGAAAUGGAUUAAAAAUUUCGGUUAUACUUUAUAAAUUACACAACCAAUAUCUGAAUAUUCAUAAUAUAUUACUGAAUUAUUUGAAAAUUUUAUCUCUGAAUGCACAAGAAAGUUAUUUUACGUAUUGUUUAUAAUACUAAUAAUUUUACAUAUAUCUGAGGGUAAUGGUAGCCGAUUAAGGACUUUUUUUUCAUACAAAACAAUAAAACUAGCUCGAAAUAUACGAGUAGAGUACGUCAUUAACGAGCUUUUGCAGAAACCUUCAGGUAUACUUGUUAAGGUGGCCAUCCAAAAUGCAAUGACUAGAUUCUAUAUUUAUACACAUGGAUACAUGGAUAUUAUACCGGUAAUGGUCUGUAAUACUAAAAAUAAAACUGUAAUGUAAAAAUGAAACAAUCAAGUACAGAGAAAAUUAAAGACAAUUAAUACAA